AGACGCACAGCCGGCAGCGGCGCAAAGCGAGGCUGGGAUCCGGAAGUUGGAGCCAAGGUCUGAGAGUGCAUUUUCUCGGCUAACCCUGUUCUCGUGCUAGCCUUUCCACUCAGAUCCCCGCCGGAACUGUAGGAAGGAAGCCAGCAGAUUCGAACCUACCAGCCUUUAAGUUGAUCAUCAUGAUGAAACUUAGGCACAAAAAUAAAAAGCCAGGUAAAGGUUCCAGAGGCUGUACAAAGCCUGCAAAGCAGAAUGGGAAGAAAACAGCCUGCACAAUAUCCCAGUUUGUUCACUCCAAUGUUCACGCCAACCGGGAGGCUGAAUUAAAGCACAAGAGGGUGGAGGAGAUGAGAGAGAAGCAGCAGGCUGCCCGGGAGCAAGAAAGACACAGGCGCAGGACCAUCGAGAGCUACUGUCAGGAUGUCCUAAGACGCCAGGGGGAGUUUGAGCGCAAGGAGGAAGUUUUACAGGAAUUAAAUACGUUUCCUCAGCUGGAUGAUGAAGCCACAAGGAAGGCUUAUUAUAAAGAGUUCCAUAAGGUGGUGGAAUACUCUGAUGUGAUUCUGGAAGUCCUGGAUGCCAGAGACCCAUUGGGCUGCCGCUGCUUCCAAAUGGAGGAGGCUGUCCUGCAGGCAAAAGGCAGCAAGAAGCUAGUCUUGGUCUUGAACAAAAUUGACCUGGUCCCCAAGGAGGUUGUGGAGAAGUGGCUGGAUUACCUUCGGAAUGAGCUGCCAACUGUGGCUUUCAAGGCCAGUACCCAGCGUCAGAUAAAAAACCUGAACCGUUGCAGUGUGCCAGUGGAGCAGGCCUCUGAGUCACUGCUGAAAAGCAAGGCCUGUUUUGGAGCCGAAAACCUCAUGAGGGUUCUGGGGAACUAUUGUCGCCUUGGUGAAGUGCGCACCCACAUCCGUGUGGGGGUUGUGGGUCUCCCCAAUGUUGGGAAGAGCAGUCUGAUUAAUAGCCUAAAGCGCAGCCGUGCGUGCAGUGUGGGAGCUGUUCCUGGAGUCACCAAGUUCAUGCAGGAGGUCUACCUGGACAAGUUCAUCAGGCUGCUGGAUGCCCCAGGCAUUGUCCCAGGACCCAAUUCGGAGGUGGGCACCAUCCUGCGCAACUGCAUCCAUGUACAGAAGCUAACAGACCCUGUGACCCCCGUGGAGACCAUCCUGCAACACUGCAACCUGGAAGAGAUUUCCAGCUAUUAUGGUAUCUCUGAGUUCCAGACCACCGAGCACUUUCUGACUGCAGUGGCCCACCGUUUGGGAAAGAAGAAGAAGGGAGGCAUAUACAGUCAGGAAGACGCAGCCAAAGCUAUCCUGUCUGACUGGGUGAGUGGGAAGAUCAGCUUCUAUACUUUACCACCACCCAUCCACACUUUGCCUACCCAUCUCAGUGCUGAGAUUGUUAAGGAGAUGACAGAGAUCUUUGACAUUGAGGACACUGAACAGGCUAAUGAAGACACCAUGGAAUGCUUGACCACUGGAGAAUCUGAUGAACUGCUGGGUGACACGGACCCGCUCGAAGUGGAGAUCAAGUGGCUCCAUUCUUCGAUGAUGAAAAUAGCAGAUGCUGUUGAAAAUAAAACCACCGUGUGUAAGAUUGGCAGUCUCACUGGGUAUGGUACCAAUCCAAACCUGCGUCAGGUGGGGUGGGCUAAACGCAGUAUCAACCACUGUCCCAAGAAUUACAGCAUGGUGGAUGUCUGCCCAGUGGACCGUCGCCCAGUGCUGCAGAGGAUCAUGGAGACAGACCCUCUACAGCAAGGCCAGGCUCUAGCAUCUGCCCUGAAGAAUAAGAAGAAGAAGCAGAAACGUACAGAUAAAAUUGCCAGCAAGCUGUCUGAUUCCAUGAUGUCUGCCCUUGACCUCUCUGGCAACGCUGAUGACAGUGCUGGUGACUGAUGUCAUCCCCACCCCCAGCACCAAUUCCAGUGGGAUGGAGCAGUAUGGAUGAAACGAAAUAGUUUGCCUCUCCUUGAAGCACCUGCAUAUUAAAAGAAUCCCUACCUCAUCGUGCCUCCCACUGUCCCCUCCAUUAUCUUCAGUAAAAAAGAGUCCCAAAAGGC